UCUCCCUUCUGCUGCUCGGCAGCCUUCAGCUGGGCUGAGGGGACGGCGCCGUGAGCUCGAGAGCCCCUGACACCAUACCCCUCGUUCACAUUCCUCAUUUUAUUAAAAAAUUUUUUUAACAUUCUCCACCAUUGUGCCAACUUUUGGUGGAGUCUCUUCCCUGCUCCAGAAAGCUUCCCGAGGGUUCUCCCCUGUCAGCACAAACGAGUGAAGUAAAGGGCCUCCAGGUCCAGUGACAGGGCUCGAGGGAGACCCAGCUGCUGACCCUGGCCACACGGACAGCCCUGGGCACGUUUGCGGAUGUGGCACCCUCCCGUUUUGGGGGUGUGUGUGUCCUCUUGUGCUUGCCACGACCUCAGCGGCCUCCAGCUAACUAUCGAGGGUGGGUUCGCUCCCAGGGCAGCCAGUCCUGCUUGGGAAACAGACUGGAGGAAAAUGAGCGCCCCACUUUGGCUGGUUCUGGGCCCUUUUUCAAGCAAUUUCCUGCAUCUGAGCCCUGAGUUCCUACUUUCCAAAACAGGGUAAUAGCAGAGGGAUGCGUCAGUUAAGAUACAAUGCACGUCACGCUCAGAAAACAGCACUUGGCUCAGAUUAGGUCUCAUUGCGUAAACGUAACAAUGGUUAGGUAACAUUUAUUUUUUCCCAUUGCCUAACGACAGUCUCCAGUUUCGCCUAAGUGAUCUCAUUUUAAUCUUAUAACCCCUCCAAGAGUUAAGUUAAUUCCUUCACUUUCCAGAUAUAUAGAACCUUUGGUGUGACCUCAACAUGUACUGUGUGCUGGGUGUAGGGUUCUGACUUCCCGUCAGUUUUGCCCUCUAGGUGAAGGACAAUAAUAUUAACAGAAUAGAUAACUAAAACAUUUACUGUGUUUGAAGGUGUUUAAUGCUUAAGAGACACAAAGCAUAAGAGAGCGCAUUCAGGAGUGGAAUAAGUCCAGGCGUGUGGACGUAACGGUGAUGUCUGAAGGGGUGGGAGGCUGGAGGUGACACGGGGACAUCCUUUCAUGCCAGAAAACAAAUGCAAAUUGCGCUGAGGAAUCAACCGGGUUCCGCUCAUCCAGACAGUGCCAGGGUGUCCAGGACUAGUGAUGAGUGAACAUGGUGGGGUGUGAGGUCCAAGCACAACAGGUCGGGCAGCGAGGAGCCCGGCAGACCAGGGACAAUGCUCAGCUGUCACUAGAAUGGGGUGUGGCUGCUGGAGGCUGUGAGCGGAGGAAUGAGUUGCUGUGGCUUAUUUAGGACCACGGGCUUCGGUGUUUCCAUGGAGGUCGGAGAGCGGUUGGGGCCUGUGUUGUAGAAGGAGAGAAGCUGAGAGCACAGAGCAGUAAUGCAACGAGAGGCGAUGGUCCCUUGGCCCUGGGCAGCAGAAGCCCUGUGAGCGACAAGGGCAGAGACCCCCAGAGCUCACUUCCGUGUUGGACCCAGGGGUUGGAGAAAAACUAGUUAGUCUCCAGUUGGCAGGGUCGGCUAAGUUGCAUUAGCUGUUUUGAAAUUUCUUAGAGCUCUCAUUUGGGCAUAAUUAGCUGAAUAUUUUCACAGUUGAGAUGUUCACAGUUACCCAAAUGAGUUCAGGUGAGUGACUGUAGUGUGCACUAUAGUAUAGGGUGUGUGCAUCUGUCUGUAUGUCUGGCAUACAUGUGAGCAGUAUACGCAUUUAGACAGGCAGAUGUGUGUGUACACAUAGGUGAUGGAGAGCUAGAGGCUGUGUGGGGCCUACAGAAACGAGCUCGAUUAUAAAGGGCCAAGCCCAGAGGCAUCCCGAGGUUUAGUGGCUUGGAGGUGAUGGGAAACAGCCAGGCAGACGGACAGCGUGUCCAGGACAGAAAGCAGCGUGUGGCCCCGCCUGACAGGUGAUGUGACUGAGGGCAGGGCCGGGGUGGGUGUGGCUGGGCAUCACUGGGCUCGAACCACUGCCCACCAGUCAUGCAGUUCCAGGGCCUCUGGGGGACAGGAACAGCGGUUUUCUGGCAUUGGGAUGCUCUGGAUUCAGAGCGUGUUUGUCUUGCAGUGCAAUUCCCCCGGCCCUCCAUCUGGGCGUCACCAGGGACUCUGGUCCCCCAGGGCAGUCCUGUGACCAUCCACUGCAGGGGGCCAUCAGGAGUGUCUGUGUGGCGGCUCCUUAAAGCAGAACCUCAUCCCAUCUGGGAGGACAUGAGCCCCCACGGAGUGCAGGGAACACUCAGUUUCUUCAUCCCGUCUGCGAGCCACUUCAGUGCUGGGACUUACUCCUGUCAAUACUUGAAACGAGGGUUCUGGUCAGGACACAGUGGCCUCCUGGAUCUGGUGGUGACAGGAGUGUACGAGGGCAGGCUGUCCCUGACUGCUCUUCCCAGCCCCAAUGUGACCGUGGGAGGGAAUGUGACCCUCCGGUGCCAAGCGUCUCUUUCCUACAUGUUCUUCAAUCUGUCUAAAGAUGAACGAAUUGACCUUCCCCAGGACUUCUUUCGCCAGGACCACAGGACCUUCCUCAUCUCCCCGGUGACCCUUGCCCACAGGGGUACCUACAGGUGCUUCGGUUCAUGGCAGCACUCUCCCCACAAGUGGUCAAAGCCCAGCAAUCCCAUUACGCUUCUGGUCACAGAUGAGAAGAGCGGUCAGACAGAUCCGCGGGCUUCUGGAAACGGCCGCCUCCCCGUCGUGGCUGGGACCUCGGCUGCUGCUGGGCUCCUUCUCGUCUUCCUCCUCUUUCUCCUUUGCCGGUGUUGGCAUCGGCCCAGACACAGGAGCGCUGAGGGUGAGAGCAAAGGCCGGGUGAAGUCUCAGAGCUCCAGCCCAGGCACGGACUUCCGGGGGGCGAGUCAGUGUGGCAGGACUGGGCGAUAUGAAGGCCCUCCCCGGAGGCUCAGCCCCCCAUCUUGCUCUGCAGCCGUCGUGGAAGUCAUCCAGCCUGAGGGCAGGGAGAGGGUCCUGCAGGCGAGUCUCCGCACCCCCCUCCCCUCCCACCCCGUCCCCUCCCUGGGCCGGCCUUCCCUUCCCCUUGCGUCUCUGCACAGUCAGGACCCCGCAGGGGAGGACCUGCAGGAGGUGACGUAUGCUGAGCUGCACCUGGAGACCCCUCUGGGGAGUGGGGACCCCCUGCCGCCCUGCGCCCCGGAGGCCUCCUCCGCGCAGCCCUGUGUGUACGCAGUCCUCAGCCUGUCUGAGGGCGGAGCCGGCGCCGGCUGUGUGGACUCGUGUUACAGUGCUCCUUGAGGAAGAUGCAGCUCCCUGGGGCUCCUCAUGUCCCUCGACCCCAGCCAUUGUCUUCGAACUCCCCAAAGACUCAAGAACAGAGAAGUCUGUUUACUGUCAAGGAAUGCUGGGACCUGUCACCUCUCUCUCAGCAGAUUCCAGGUCCUUGUGCACGUACCCACUCACUCGCCUGUUCAGGCUUACGGAUGCUCUCCCCGGAUCUGUGCUGAGGGUAAACACUUGUAAGACAUAUUUUCUGGUCUCAAGGCACUCAUAGCCUACUGAGCGGGGCAAGCCAUGUGACCCGGCCCUUGGAGAGCAGAGAGGAUGCACCGAGCCCCGCCGUGCAGCACGUCUAGGGAGAACUCACUGCCUGCGAACACAGGAGAAGCCAGGCAGGGUCACGCUGGGCAGGGAGGAGGCUCCUCACGGCUUCGGGCCGGGAUUCGGGAUUCUAGGAGCUGCCAGGGGCAGAGGGCGGAGAACGGGAAGGGUUCUUCGCGAGGGGGCCACACUGCGAAACGGAACGAGAUGGCCACGCCAGGGGCCCUCUGGGGGAGGGGAUGGGGCC